CUUGUUUACACGACCAUUAGCCGGCCUAUAUAUAUAUACAUAUAUAUAUAUCUAUAUAUGAGAGGGAAGAAGGGAACGGAGAAUACCUACAUAAUUAGCAAGGCCAUAAAAGAUAGGGUACGUUGGUGGAGUAAGAGCUGCGAGACUUCCGUGAAAGGAACUUGAGGAAUGGAACGGACAUUCAUCUACCCCGCAAUACACCCAGCCGAUCAUAAGCUGCCCAAUGACGAAAAAAAGCUACUUGAAUGCAAAGGGCUGCUCAUUGACAUUGCCAAUCCUUCCAUUAAAGAAAAAAGACACUUUGAAUGCAAAGAGCUGAUCAUUGACAUUCCAUGGGAGGCAUCUCGUUGUCCUGAUCAAUACUGUAUCUACAGGGUUCCCAAGAGACUUCGUGAGGUCAAUAAUAUGGCGUACACCCCUCGGGUGGUUUCUAUCGGCCCUUUUCAUCACCGUAGUGAAGAGUUGAAGGACAUGGACAUACAAAAACUCCUAAUUUUGAAGAAUUUCUGUAAUGGUACUUGGAAGAGCAUCGAGGAUCUUAAACGCAUCAUCGAGCGUAGAGAAGAGGAAAUCCGCAGCUACUAUUCAGAGACCAUUCUACUUAGCAGUGAAGGUUUUCUAAACAUGAUUCUAUUGGAUGCUAUCUUUAUACUUGAGCUCUUCUACAGGAAAUAUGAAAUAUUAAUGGCUGAUGAAAAAGAUUCUGGAAGCUCAAAGGCUCAGUAUCAAAUAGAUUAUAUAUUAAGCCGACCGUGCAUGGAACUCGGCAUACUGCAUGACCUGCUUCUACUUGAGAAUCAGCUUCCGUUCUUUGUUCUUGAGGACUUAUACCAAUUAGGGUAUCCCAAACCUGAAAAAAGGGCUCUUAUUGAUCUCUGUUGUGGCUUUUUUUGUGAUCUCUAUAGAUAUAUUGUGCCCUAUAAAUAUAUUGAGCCCAAGAACGAUGAAGUAGAUCAUAUUGAGCCCAAGAAGGAUGAAGUAGAUCACAUUGAUGAUAAAAGGACACAUUUCAAAUAUUUGGUGAGACGUUUGAACGACAUUUCACUCAAGUCCAAUCAAGUAAAGCAUCUCACAGAUUUGGUGAGAUACUUUUUCCGUCCACCUAAAAUAGAAGGGCGAAAAGAACAUCAUGUACACCUACACGGUACUGCAACAAAGCUUGACGAGGUAGGGUUGAAAUUCAAAAAGUCAAAUUCAAAAAGAGAUUUACUUCAAAUACAAUUUCCGGAUAAUGAAUGCUUAGAAAGGUUCCCGUGCUUCAAUCUCUCAUGGCUCUUGUCUUGCUUACCCUGCCUGAAAAGCAUUGAUUGCUUGGAACGCUCUGUGCAACGUCGCUUGGAAGUCCCACCCCUUCUGUUAGACGACAAAACCGAAGGUCUUUUCCGAAAUCAGAUGGCCUUGGAGCAGUGCCAUUAUCCAUCUAAAACUUACAUUUGCGAUUACAUUGUGCUGUUGGAUGAUCUUAUCACAACUAAAGAAGAUGUAAGGUUGCUUGUUGAAAAGGAGAUCAUUGUUAACGAGUUAGGUUCCAGCGCUGCAGUGACGAAACUGAUUAACAACCUCGCCCUGGAGAUUGAAGAAAGUGGAACCCAUUACGCCAAGCUCUGUGAAGAUCUUAAUACGUAUUACAAGAGCCCUUGGAAUCGUCUGAUCGGAAUCUUGACUAAGACGUAUUUCUCAGACUUUUUUAAAGGCACUGCUACUUUUGUUGGAAUUAUUCUUCUGGGUUUCACUUUGUGGAAUUUCCAAAGGCUCAUUACAUUGAGUGCUAGAAAGUACUAGAUUUGCAGCAUCUGUGCAUAUAUGGUACAUAGUGUUUGUUGGAGUGCUGGCUCAUUCAUAGGAUUUUCUAAAUAUUUUUAUUCUAGAAGUUUAUGACUUUGUUAAUGUAGCAUCGAUUAGUGGAGAGAGUCUAUCGGUCUAUCUGUAUUGAUGCAGCAAAUUAAGUUCUACGCUCUGUAACUAUUACUAGCAAAUUAAAUAAAGCCAGAUGCUGCUGCAUGGCAUUGAAU